ACUUAUUUCCUUACCAGAUUUUCUUGCUCCUCUGCACUUCCAGCUGUUCAAAAAAUGGCGGAACAAGUCCCAUUCAGUAUUGUGGAGCACAUAUUGAUGAAGCUGGGGUCCAAGGCGUUUCAAAAAAUUCUAUCCAUGUAUGGUCUUCCGAAGGAGCCAGCCAAGCUUAAGGAGAAACUGGACACCGUCCGAGCUGUACUCCUCGAUGCUGAGGAGAAGCAGCUGAAAAGCCAUGCAGUACAACAUUGGGUCCAAAGGCUCAAACUCUUUAUGUAUGAUGCUGAUGACUUUCUUGAUGACAUGGCAACCCAUUAUCUGCAGCGAGGAGGACUAACAAGUCAGGUUAGUCACUUCUUCUCUUCUUCAAAUCAAGUCGUAUUUCGUUGUCAGAUGAGUCAUAGACUCAAGGAUAUCAAAGAAAGGCUAGGCGAUAUCCAAAAUGAUAUCUCCUUGUUAAAUCUGAUUCCAUGUGUACACACAGAGGAAAAGAAUAGUUGGAGAGACACACACUCAUUUGUGUUAGCGUCUGAAAUUGUAGGAAGAGAUGAAAAUAAAGAGGAGAUAGUAAAGUUGUUGUCUUCUAACAAUGAGAAAAAUCUCUCCAUUGUUGCCAUUGUUGGUAUUGGGGGAUUAGGUAAGACCACCCUUGCUCAAUUAGUAUACAAUGAUGAGAGAGUGGUAAAACAUUUUGAGCUUAAGAUAUGGGUUUGUGUUUCUGAUGAUUCUGAUGAUGGUUUUGAUGUUAAUAUGAUGAUCAAAAAAAUUUUAAAAUCUAUAAGUAAUGAAGAUGUUGCAAGUUUGGAUUUGAAUGGUUUGAAAGAUAAGCUUCAUGAAAAAAUAAGAGAAAAAAGGCUCUUGAUAGUUCUUGAUGAUGUUUGGAACCAAAAUUUUGAAAAAUGGGAUAAAGUGAGAAUUUUGUUGAUGGUCGGUGCUAAGGGGAGUAAAAUUGUAGUGACCACCCGAAAAACUAAAGUUGCAUCAAUUAUGGGAGAUAGUUCUCCCUUUAUUUUGAAAGGUUUGGAAGAAAAUCAGUCUUGGAAUUUAUUUUCAAAAAUUGCAUUUAGAGAAAGACUAGAGAAUGUGCAUCCAAACAUCAUAGGAAUCGGAAAAGAAAUUGCAACAAUGUGUAAGGGAGUUCCUCUUAUCAUUAAGACUUUAGGAACAAUGUUGCAGUUUGAAUCUGAAGAAUGGAAUUGGUUGUCUAUUAAAAACAAUGAAAAUCUCUUAUCACUUCAAGAUGAAAAUUAUAAUGUUUUACCUGUGCUAAAAUUGAGUUAUGAUAAUUUACCAACACAUUUGAGGCAGUGUUUUUCAUAUUGUGCCUUAUUUCCAAAAGACUACGAAAUUAAGAAAAAGUUGUUGGUACAAUUAUGGAUAGCGCAAGAUUACAUCCAAUCUUCAAAUGAGAAUGAGCACUUAGAAGAUGUAGGGGAUCGAUAUUUUAAGGAAUUGUGGUCAAGGUCAUUGUUUCAUGAAGUUGAAAGAGAUGCUUUUAAUGAUAUAGUAAGUUGUAAAAUGCAUGACCUUAUACAUGAUCUUGCACAAUCGAUUAUAGGAUCUGAGGUCCUAAUUUUAAAAGACGAUAUAAAGAACAUUCCAGAAAAAGUUCGCCAUAUACUCUUAUUUGAACAAAUGAGUCUUAUGAUAGGGAGUUUAAAGGAAAAACCCAUAAGGACCUUUCUGAAGCUUUAUGAAGAUGAUUUUAAAAAUGAUUCAAUUGUAAAUUCACUUAUUCCAAGUUUGAAGUGUUUACGUGUGCUGAGCUUGGAUAAUUUCAGCAUAAGGAAGGUACCAAAAUAUUUAGGUAAAUUAAGUCAUUUAAGGUAUCUUGAUCUUUCCUAUAAUGAUUUUGAGGUGCUUCCAAAUGCUAUUACAAGGUUAAAGAAUUUACAAACACUAAAACUCAAUGAUUGUUGUAAUCUAAAAGAAUUUCCAAAAUUUACAAAGAAAUUGAUCAAUUUGAGGCACUUGGAGAAUGAUAGGUGUGAUAAUUUGACUCAUAUGCCAUGUGGAAUAGGAGAGUUGACUUUGCUUCAAAGCUUACCAUUAUUCAUUGUUGGCAAUGGGAGAGAGUUCUCAAAGAACAAAAGAAUUGGUAGCUUGAGUGAAUUGAAAAGGCUUAGCCAAUUAGGAGGAGUAUUGCAAAUAAAAAUUCUUCAAAAUGAAAGGGAUGUUAUACCAAUAUCCAAGGGAGAAAUUUUGAAAGAAAAACAAUACCUUCAAUCCUUGAGAUUAGAAUGGAGAUGGUGGGACCUAGAAGCUAAGUGGGAUGAGAAUGCUGAGUUAGUGAUGGAAGGUCUCCAACCACACCUAAACUUAAAGGAGCUUUCUGUAUAUGGUUAUGAAGGUAGGAAGUUUCCAAGUUGGAUGAUGAAUGAUGGGUUGGAUUCCUUGCUUCCCAACCUAUGUCACAUUGAAAUGUGGGAUUGUUCAAGAUGCCAAAUUCUGCCACCCUUUUCUCGACUCCCUUUUCUCAAGUCUUUGGAGCUCUAUAACAUGAAAGAGGUGGAGGACAUGAAGGAGAGUUCACCAGGAAAACCAUUCUUCCCAUCUCUUCAAAUACUCAAAUUCUAUAAAAUGCCGAAGUUGACGGGAUUGUGGAGGAUGGACAUACUAGCAGAGCAAGGUCCUUCAUUUCCUCAUCUUUCAGAGGUAUAUAUAGAGAAGUGCUCUAGUUUGACAUCAGUUCGACUAUCAUCGUCUCCUUCUCUUUCUAAACUAUAUAUCAAUGGAUGCUCUAACUUGACAUCCUUUGAAUUGCAUUCAUCUCCUUCUCUUUCUGUAGUAACCAUACAGGAUUGCCAUAAGCUGACAUCCUUUGAACUUCAUUCAUCUCAUUCUCUUUCUAUAGUAACCAUACAGAAUUGCCAUAACCUAACAUUCAUAGCACAACCUCCAUCUCCUUGUCUUUCUAAAAUAGAUAUCCGAGAUUGCCCUAACUUGACAUCCUUUGAACUACAUUCAUCUCCUCGUCUUUCUGAAUUAGAGAUGAGUAAUUGCCUUAACAUGACAUCCUUGGAACUACACUCAACUCCUUGCCUUUCUAGUUUAACGAUCAGAAAUUGCCCCAACUUGGCAUCCUUCAAAGGGGCUUCAUUACCUUGUCUUGGGAAACUAGCCCUGGAUAGAAUCAGAGAGGAUGUAUUACGACAGAUAAUGUCUGUCUCAGCUUCUUCUUCAUUGAAGUCUCUGUAUAUUUUGAAGAUAGAUGGUAUGAUAUCUCUCCCAGAGGAGUUGCUUCAACAUGUUUCCACUCUCCAUACUCUCAGCCUUCAGGGCUGCUCGAGUUUAUCAACAUUGCCACACUGGUUAGGCAACCUUACCUCACUUACACACCUUCAAAUAAUAGACUGUCGUGGCUUGGCAACAUUACCACACUCCAUAGGCAGUCUCACCUCACUUACAGACCUUCAAAUAUAUAAAUCUCCUGAGUUGGCAUCACUGCCAGAAGAGAUGCGCUCUCUCAAAAACCUUCAGACACUUAAUAUCUCUUUUUGUCCACGCUUAGAGGAAAGAUGCCGACGGGAAACAGGUCAAGACUGGCCCAACAUUGCUCAUGUCACAGAAAUUAACAUUUACCCGCAAUGAUGAAGAGUAAACUGAUACAUAAUGUCAUUUCAGAUUUCAUCUUGCUUAAGAAGAUUAUGGUUUCACAUGGCCCAGAAAUUUGUAUCUUCUAGAUGACUAAUGAAGAAAAAGAAUUCUACUCUGUUUUCAAUUCAGUUGCAU